GCGAGCCCGAGCAGGCAGACGCGCGGCCGGCGGUCUGGGGGCGCGCCGUCUCCCGGCCCCCAAGAUGUGAAGCGGGGAGGGCGGAGACGCAGAGACGGCCCGGCAGGGCGCCCUCGCUGCCCUCCGGCAGCCGCGCCGCUCCCCUUCCCCUGCCCGCCGAGGCCGCGCCGACCCCGACCUCGCUCCGAUCCGGCUCCGGCCCGCAGCGGGUUCGCGGCCCGGACGCGGCGGGAGCAGGGCCCGGGACGGUGCGUCUGGCCUCGCCCGCGGCUCCUCGCCCAGACAAGUUUGAACAAUGAUCACAGUCAACCCCGAUGGGAAGAUAAUGGUCAGAAGAUGCCUGGUCACCCUGAGACCUUUUCGGCUUUUUGUCCUGGGCAUCGGCUUCUUCUCCCUCUGCUUCCUGAUGACGUCUCUGGGAGGCCAGUUCUCAGCCCGGCGCCCUGGGGACUCCCCCUUUACCAUUCGCACUGAAGUGUUGGGGGGGCCGGAGUCCCGGGGUGUCCUCCGCAAGAUGAGUGACCUGCUGGAGCUGAUGGUGAAGCGCAUGGACACGCUGGCCAGGCUGGAGAACAGCAGCGAGCUGCAACGGGCUGCUGGGGACGGGCGCUUCGCCGUGGACAGGUUCCCCCCCGGGGCCGGCCUCAUGGAGCGGAUCCAGGCCAUCGCCCAGAACGUCUCGGACAUCGCCAUGAAGGUUGACCAGAUCCUGCGCCACAGCCUGCUUCUGCACAGCAAGGUGUCUGAAGGCCGACGGGACCAGUGUGAGGCGCCCAGUGACCCCAAGUUCCCUGACUGCUCAGGGAAGGUGGAGUGGAUGCGUGCGCGCUGGACCUCGGACCCCUGCUACGCCUUCUUUGGGGUCGACGGCACCGAAUGCUCCUUCCUCAUCUACCUCAGUGAGGUCGAGUGGUUUUGCCCCCCGCUGCCCUGGAGGAACCAGACGGCCGCCCUGAGGGCAUCCAAGCCCCUCCCCAAAGUCCAGGCAGUGUUCCGGAGCAAUCUGUCUCACCUCCUGGAGCUGAUGGGCAGCGGGAAAGAGUCUCUAAUCUUUAUGAAGAAACGUACCAAGCGUCUCACGGUCCAGUGGGCACUGGCUGCCCAGCGCCUGGCGCGGAAGCUGGGGGACGUCCAGAGGGACCAGAAGCAGAUCCUCGUCCACAUUGGCUUCCUGACGGAGGAGUCUGGGGAUGUGUUCAGCCCGCGGGUGCUGAAGGGCGGGCCUCUGGGAGAGAUGGUGCAGUGGGCAGACAUCCUGGCUGCUCUCUAUGUCCUGGGACACGGUCUGCGGAUCACAGUCUCCCUGAAGGAGCUGCAGAGUAACUUAGGGGUGCCGCCAGGCCGGGGGAACUGCCCGCUCACCAUGCCCCUGCCUUUCGACCUCGUCUACACCGACUACCAUGGCCUGCAGCAGAUGAAGCAGCACAUGGGACUGUCCUUCAAGAAAUACCGGUGCCGCAUCCGGGUCAUUGACACCUUCGGGACGGAACCUGCGUACAACCACGAGGAGUACGCCACGCUGCACGGCUACCGGACCAACUGGGGCUACUGGAACCUCAACCCCAAACAGUUCAUGACCAUGUUCCCUCACACUCCGGACAACUCCUUCAUGGGCUUCGUGUCCGAGGAGCUCAACGAGACGGAGAAGCAGCUCAUCAAAGGGGGCAAGGCCGGCAACAUGGCCGUGGUCUACGGCAAGGAUGCCAGCAUCUGGAAGGGGAAGGAGAAGUUCCUGAGCAUCCUGAACAAGUACAUGGAGAUCCACGGCACCGUGUACUACGAGAGCCAGCGGCCCCCCGAAGUCCCUGCCUUCGUGAAGAACCACGGCCUCUUGCCGCAGCCCGAGUUCCAGCAGCUGCUGCGCAAGGCCAAGCUCUUCAUAGGGUUUGGCUUCCCCUAUGAGGGCCCUGCACCCCUGGAGGCCAUCGCCAAUGGCUGUGUCUUCCUGCAGUCCCGCUUCAGCCCGCCCCACAGCUCCCUCAACCACGAGUUCUUCAGAGGCAAACCCACCUCCAGGGAGGUGUUCUCCCAGCACCCCUACGCGGAGAACUUCAUUGGCAAGCCCCACGUGUGGACCGUCGACUACAACAACUCAGAGGAGUUUGAAGCAGCCAUCAAGGCCAUCCUGAGAACCCAGGUAGACCCUUACCUGCCCUACGAGUACACGUGUGAGGGGAUGCUGGAGCGCAUCCACGCCUACAUCCAGCACCAGGACUUCUGUGCAGCCCCAGGCCCUGCCCUGCCAGGGGCCCGAGCCCCACGGAGCCCCUUCGUCCUGGCCCCCAAUGCCACCCACCUUCAGUGGGCCCGCAACGCCAGCCUGGCCCCGGGGGCCUGGCCCCCAGCGCGCUCCCUCCGGGCCUGGCUGGCCGCCGCUGGGAGGGCCUGCACGGACGCCUGCCUGGACCACGGGCUGGUCUGCGAGCCUUCCUUCUUCCCUCUGCUCAACAGCCAGGACGCCUUCCAGAAGCUGCAGGUGCCCUGUGACAGCACCGAGUCGGAGAUGAACCACCUGUACCCGGCCUUCGCCCAGCCCGGCCAGGAGUGCUUCCUGCAGAAGGAGCCUCUGCUCUUCAGCUGUGCCGGUGCCAGCACCAAGUACCGCCGCCUCUGUCCCUGCCGAGACUUCCGCAAGGGCCAGGUGGCCUUGUGCCAGGACUGUCUGUGAGGGCGCCCACCCAGCUGGCCCUCGCUGCCACAGGAGAAAGCACCAGCAGAUUCCGAGCUCCAGCGACCUGCUCCCCCACCAAUGCCCUCAGGCCGGAGCCCCCUUCCUGGGCUGGCAAGUGGGCAGGGCAGACAGGUGCAUCGGGCUGGGGAGGGGGCAUCGCUGCCGAGUGACCAGUGCCCACCCUCAGCCGGCUUCUCGUUCUCAGCCCGAGGGCUCCUGGCACCAUGGUGGCCAAGCAGCCAUGGGGCUGGUCAGAGGUUGGCCCAGGAGCAGGUGCUCGGGGACCCCUUGCUUUGUGCAAGGCCAGACCUGGACCAGGUAGAGAGAGGGCCCUGGUCCUUCUUGGGCCGAGGGGGAGGCCUCGGGUGUAUGACAGAAGGAGCAGAUGGCCUGCUGAAAGGUCCAGGGGUGGGGAGAGAUGCACGAGGGGUCAGACUUGUCCCUCUGGAGUUGUUUGGGGAGGGGGCUAGGGGAAGGCUAGGUUGGGGGACCCUGCUCAUACCUCCUCUUGGCCCCACCCUCCCACUUUUCCAAACCCACCCCCCCCACAUACACUUGGGGACCUGAUCACAGUUAGGGUUGCAGGGGCCACGUAGACCCUGGGUUGAAUCGUUUCCUCUCUUGCUUGUCCAACUCUCUUCACUUAGGGCAUUUCCUGAAACCUAUCCCAGCAUGACUGCAACUCCAGACUGUGGAUUUGUCGCCAAAGCCUCAGUCUCCCCCCAUCCCCAGCCUCUGAGAACAGGAUCUAGAAUCCACGCCCCGCCCGACCCCCCAGCAUCUUCGGUAGGCUUGGGACGGAGACUUAGCCCCAGAGCACACCUGGCCCAGUUCCUGGCUGCCCAGGCCUGCUACCCCCACGCAGCCCCCACCCCAUCAGCGCUGCGUCCACGCCCCUACCUCCAGCUUCCUCGAGCCUCAGAUCACGCUGGAUGCAGCCGCCUGCCCAUCCAUCCGUCCGUCCGUCCGUGUGGCAUGUCUUCCCUUUGGCCCCAAGCCUGCCUGAAGAGAGAAAUCAGGCCUUUAGAAACACUGCCACCCCUCCCCAGUUGGUGAUCCCGCUCCCCUCCUGGCAGCCCCACCCCACCCACCUAGGCCCGCCCUCCACCCCAGGGAGGCAGCCCUGAGUCCAGAGAGAAGGCCUAGCCCUGCUGUGGGCCUCGAGGUUGAGGCCUCAUUCGGCCGCUCCCAAGUCACCAAGGACCUGACCUGUCGGGGGAAAGCAAUAGAGACACUCUUUUCUCUCUCUCUUUUUUUAAAGAUUUAUUUCUUGAAAUAAUAAAUAUUUUAUUGGGAUGUGA